GAAGGUAUGGUGUCUUUGUCUUUGUCUUUGUCACACAUGCAUGUGCAUAUAUUGACAUAAGAGAGUCUGUCUUUCUCUAACAGUAUACCCUAUAGGGUGCCACUUAUAUUAUUAUAUGCUAACCUACACACGCAGUCUAUCUCUCUUUAUGUCUAUGGGUGUGGACGACUAAUAUAAUACAUAGCAUACAUUGCAUACAUAUAUAUUAUAAUGGAACGCUAAUAUUAUCAGUAGUAUACAAGCUUGUUACUUGUUUAAUUUAUUUUAAAUUUAAAUUAAACCUAAAUCCGUAACAAAAAGUAAUUAAUGUUUAUACCUAUAUAAUAUCAAAUUCUUUUGCAUUUAUCAAAAUAUAUUAUGAAAUUUAUAUUUUGCCGCCAAUGUGUCAUGAAUGAAAACUUGGCAACGUCGCUAAAAGUAACCUCACUUCCACGAUCAGGCAUUCGCUUCCAUCGCCUUUUAUAGAGUCUUACUAUACGUCCUGCAAUUUAUAAUAACACACAAACAUUGACGAAAAUUGAGAUUUAUAAAGAACAAGCCCGUAGCAAUGGCUCAAGUACCAGACGCAGAAUUAAAGAAGGCUUUUGCAGAGCUGCAUUCAAAAGGGAUUGACACUAGACAAAAGCUCAAAUUGUCAGAUGUGCAAAUUGAAACACUUCGUAGGAUAAAACAGCGGGCUGAGCUCACACAAGUGGAAAUAAAGACAUUACCUGUAAAUACAAGAACGUUUGAAUCUGUUGGUCGUAUGUUCUUACUUCAAGAUAUAGAUACUAUCAAGACCGAUCUGGAAAAACAGACAAAAACAGCAGAUGAAAAGAUAAAAAUUCUAGAAACUAACAAACAUUAUUUACAGCGAAGCUUAAAGGAGAGUGAAAACAAUAUUAGAGAAAUGGUGCAGAAGAGACAAAAACAGGAGUCCAGUUAAAAACUGCAAUAUACAUAAUCUUAAAUUUGUAUCAUUUUAAAAUUUAAGUUUUUUAAUGAGUAAGACUUGUUCAUCUCACAAUUUACCAAGCUCUUAAAGGAUUCAACGUUUUUUGUCAUUGAAUAUAUUUAAAUUUUAAAAUAUCUGAAUUUAUAUUUUAAAAUGUAUUUUAAUACAACAUCAGCCUUUUGCAAUGACAACCUACAUUUAUAUUUUAUUUGUAGCAAUCAAUUAAAUCAAGGUAUUUCUCCAAAAAAUUAAUAAAUUUAUGUGUAUUCAAAUUA